AAAAUCAACAAAACUUUCUGAUAAGGAUAACUUUUUAUAUUUUUUUUUUCGCAAAUAGUGUUUUAAUUAACCCAGAAAUGAAUCAUAAAUUGCUCUAAAAACAAUCAACUAAUGAACGUGAAGUCUAAAAUUAGUGCUCGAUCGUUUAUAGAAACCGUAAACGAAGAAUAUGUCCACAAACUCGAUACUUCUGUGAACAAGUAACGGUGUCAUACAUUUGAUUAUUUAUGUAGUUCACUGCUCUACUUUGCUUCAAACUCUUCAAUUGCGAUGGCUGGAAUGAGCAGUCUAAGUAAUAACGGACUAGCUGCCGAAUCUUUACUCUUCGGAGGCUGUGAAAAAGGCGAAGACGAAGAUCUAGCAUUACCCAGAGCAUCGCUGAAUAAAUUGAUCAAGGAAGUGUUACCAGACUUACGUGUAGCGAAUGAAGUUCGCGAUCUAUUGCUACAAUGCUGCAGUGAAUUUAUUCAUUUGAUAUCUUCGGAAGCGAACGAAAUAUGUAAAUCUCAACAGAAGAAGACGAUGAGUACCGAACACGUAUUACUCGCUUUAGAAAAAAUGGGCUUCGGAGAGUUCAAAGAAGAUGUCGAAGAAAUCGCUAAAACUUGUAAAGAGAAACGUCGCCGACAAAGUACCAGAUUAGAAAACUUGGGUAUACCCGAAGAAGAAUUGUAUCGUCAACAACAAGAAUUAUUCGCCAAGGCUCGAGAAGAACAGACAGUUCAUAAUUACGAACAAUGGCACGAAAUUCAAAUGGCCACGAUGCGUACCAUCGAUGAAAACAGUAACGACGACGAAGAAAACUACGAUGAAAUAUCCGAGUGAUGUUUUCAUCGAUUUUGAUUUUUUUUACCCACAAUUUGAUGACUGUAUGUUACACUUUUUUGGUUGUCAAUGUCAUAGAUAUGACAUAUUACCUACAUUUCACCGAAUUAUUUUACAGCAAAAUGAUGUCCUUGCUAUGAGUCACGUUUAGUUCGCGUUCCUUGGCAAAUGUACCGAUAUGUAUUGUCGAUAUUCGUAUUUUUAUUUUGAGUAUUUUUUUCCCUUUCUUUUUCUAAAAUAAUAUUUAUUCUAUGUUGUAUUCUGUAUUUUUGAUUUGAUUUAGAGUCUCGAGUACCCAGUUUCAAAUUCAAUAAAACACUUGUGAUUUUCAACUUUGUAAACGUA